UGUAGCAAACCUGAUUUCUCCAGUUCGCCAUGAAAACACGGUGAUUAAAGCAGCAGCACUGGGAGACAUGUCACACCAUGAUGUGGUUUACGCAUGCAAACUGGUCGCUGUGCUUCUUAUUUGUCUCGGUAAGUGAAGGGAACCGAGGAAGACGUAGUGUUAGCUUACCCGCUACACAAAGCUGGAUACACUGCGACUGCGGCCGGAAGGGACAAAUGCAUGGCCUCUAACUAUUAGGAGGGGGUGCAUCCUUUACAUCCAAGGCACAAUGGAUCUGUGUUUCAUGUCCAUCCAUCCAUCCAUCCAUUUUUCCAGUGUUCUGUGGCUCAAUUUUGGUGCCUUUGCUGGAGAAAAACACGCAGGACCUGCUAAUGCAGCAGAGCACAGGAAACACUCGGCUCAGAGCUCUGUUGGGUUGGAGGAGAUAGUGAUAGUGAUCCAGAGUCAGAGGAACUCCUACCAUGCUCAUCGCAGUGGUCAAAGGAAGUUGGAGAUCCUGCAGCAGGCAGCUCAACUUGGGCAGGGCGUUCCGGUGGUUGUUCUUCUCCACGAGCUGUCACAGUAUGAAGGGGAUUGGAGUAUCCUCCCUGCACUUCCUCGGCUCUUUGCCAGCUAUGGCCAUUCUGCUUCCUGGUUAUUCUUCAUAGAGGAGGAAACAAAGGUCACACUGUCUGCUCUGCUGAAGGUCCUCAACAGGUAUUCAGUUCAAGAGGAAUGGUUUUUGGGUAAGCGUCUCCAUGACAAUGAGGCCUCCAUCAUUCACCACUAUGCCUUCUCUGAGGACCCCGGUUCCUUCGGUUACCCUGAAACCGCAGCAGGCUGGGCUCUCAGUGCACCGCUGCACAGGAGACUCACUGAGCGGAUACAGUAUGAGAAACUGAAGUCAGAUUUUACCAUCGAUCUGAAGCACGAGAUUGCUUUGUUUAUUUGGGAGGAAGGAAAUGGCCCAAAGCUGACAGCAGUUCCAGAGUUUUGCACAGAGCUGAGAGACAACUGUGCUACCACGUUUACAACCUACCUGCCCCACUGCGGGGAUCCAGUGUCAAAGAAUGAUGUAUUUGUUGCUGUGAAAACUUGCCAAAAAUUCCACUCAGAUCGAGUACCAGUGGUGAAGGCGACCUGGGAGAAAGAUGCUGGGCUUUUAGAGUAUUACAGUGACAUCACUGAUGCCUCCAUACCGACUGUCAGUUUGGGAGUGCCUAAUACCGAGAGAGGACACUGUGGGAAGACGUUUGCCAUCUUGAGGCGUUUUCUAAGUAAAGCUGUGCCGAAAGCUGAUUGGCUGCUGAUUGUUGACGAUGAUACUCUCAUCAGUUUACCCAGGUUGAGACAGCUGCUGCGUUGCUAUGACCCAAAGGAAGCAGUGAGCCUGGGGGAGAGAUAUGGCUACAGUUUGAUCCAGAAGGGAUACAGCUACACCACCGGAGGAGGAGGGAUGGUGCUCAGCAGGACGGCAGUGUCCAGGCUGCUUUCCAGUAGUUGUGGUUGCUACAGUGAUGAUGCUCCUGAUGACAUGGUGCUGGGCAGAUGCUUCACUUCCCUCGGUGUUCCCAUUACACACAAUCCACUAUUUCACCAGGCACGACCAGAUGACUACUCUGGGACACUGAUCUCCAUGCAGCAGGCCGUCUCCUUCCACAAACACUGGAAUGUAGAUCCCGUGGCUGUCUACAGAUACUGGCUGAAGGACACAAACCUACGAGAUGAACUGUAGAAACUGUGUUGAUACAAUGAGCAUGUUGUAGACAAGUUAUGAAUUCAAAUUUGCACAGAAAAGAAACAAUAACCACUGUUGAAAUUGCUGUAACAGCCAGAUCAUCUGGUAAAUUUUCCCUCUAGGA